ACAAAUGAAGCAAACCAUGAGAAUAGCUGUUGCCUUCGUUUUCAUUGCCGUAGCGACCAUCAACAUUAGCUUCUGCAAAGGAAGCUCUUCUGUCGGGUGCCUCCAAAGCGAGAGACUAGCACUUUUAAGGUUCAAAAAAGAUCUCACUGAUCCUAUGAAUCGGCUUGUCUCUUGGACUUCUGAUCAUGAAGAUUGCUGUACAUGGUCUGGUAUUGUCUGUGAUAACUUGACGGGCCAUGUGCUUGAGCUCAACCUUAGAACUCCCCCAGAGAAACUGGAUGCGUCUCCAGCUGAAGAUGAAGCUCGCAAGAGGUCAAAGUUGUCUGGUAAGAUAAAUCCUUCCCUGGCUAAUUUGAAGCAUUUGAGUUCAUUGGACUUAAGCGACAACAAUUUUGAAGGAGUAGAGAUUCCCAGAUUUCUUGGAUCUAUACAGAAUUUAAGGUACCUCAAUCUAUCUCUGAAUUCAUUCCAGGGUAUGAUUCCUCCCCAAAUUGGAAACCUCUCUAAUUUACAGUAUCUUGGCCUCGAUGGAAUAUUAGACGUGAAUAGUUUGCGGUGGUUAUCUCGUCUUUCUUUGUUAAAGCAUCUUGACUUGGAUGGUGUGGAUCUUAGCAAUUGUUCUGACUGGUUGCAAGUGAUACACACUCUCUCAUCCUUAGUAGUGCUAAAAUUAUCAAACUGUAUGCUUCAUCACUUUCCUCCCCAACCUGUUAGAAAUUUUUCAUCUCUUGCCUCCCUUGAUCUAAGUGGAAAUAAUUUUGAAGGUCCAAUCCUUGAUGCACUUCAAAACUUUACUUCCAUUAGACAUCUUGAUUUAUCUGAAAAUGACUUCAAUUCUUCUAUGCCCAGUUGGUUGUACAGACUUAGAAAUCUUGAGGAACUUUUCCUCUCAUACAGUAGCUUGCAAGGCUCGAUGGAUGGCCUAGGAAACCUGUCAUCUAUCAAAGUACUUGAUCUCUCAGAAAAUCAUUUUGAAGGAGGAAUGCCAGUAUCGUUUGGAAGACUUUGCAACUUGAGAUCAAUGUCUCUCGAAGUGGUCAUACUGAGACAGGAAAUAUCUCAAAUCUUGAAUAUUUUCUCUGAAUGUGUUGCAAAAGUUUUAGAGCAUUUGAGCUUGUGGUACACUCAACUUUUGGAUCCAUUGACCAAUCAACUUGGACAUUUCAAAAAUUUAAAAUUUCUUAAUCUACGUGACAACUCAAUUUCAGGUCCUAUUCCAAGGUCUUUAGGAGAACUUUCAUCCUUAGAAGUUCUAUAUCUUUCGUAUAACCAAUUCAACGGAACUCUUUCUGAAAUCCACUUUAACAAUCUCACAAGACUGAUGGCAUUAGAUGUAUCUGGAAAUUCACAAAUGUUUAAAUUGCCUCCUCAGUGA